GAAUCAUCUACAUGCUGCAGGUCACAUCUGUGUUCUUAAAGAUGCUUUCAUGUAUGAAAGUCAAACUGAAAUAGCAAACCUAACCUCCGCAGACAAGUUUGAUGGAGCCCUGGCCAUUCAUCUUUAUAAAGGAGGCAGACUUCUGCAAGGUAGCAGAAUUCCUUUUGGAAUCAUCUUUGGUGGGACAGAUGUAAAUGAAGAUGUCAAAUGUGAAGAGAAACAUCGGGUAAUGGGAGCAGUGCUGGAAGAAGCCAGGUUUGCAGUGGCUUUCACGGUGAAAAUGAAGGAACUGGCAGCAGCAGAGUGGCCAGAUGCUAGGAAGAAAAUAUAUGUCCAGACGCAAGGAAUUAAGACUACACCCAAGGAAACCUUUGACUGGUAUAGGUUUCUACAGAAUGCAGGUAUUCCUACAGAUACAGGCAGUUUGCAUGUGUUUCUUUUGAUAUGUGGACUUCGAAGAGUCAAAGACCCUCUGUAUUUAGUAGAUGUAUUUUCAGAUUGGCACAGAAAGGAACCCAGCGUCCAUCUGGGCAUAAUUGGACCUGCAGUUGAUCCCCUUUUUACCAGUGAAGUUAAGGAAAAAGUUAAAAGGGCACCUGGAGUACAUUUAUUACAGGAGAUGCCCCAAGAUGAUCUUCAUGCUGCUAUGAAAAGGUGCUUUGCUGUGGUGAACAGCUCCAUUUCAGAGGGGAUGUCUGCUGCAAUUCUGGAGGCAAUGGAUUUAAAUAUUCCAGUGCUGGCAAGGAACAUUCCUGGGAAUGCAGCAAUAAUAAAACAUAAGGAAACAGGACUGCUAUUUUCAAAUCCUCAGGAGUUUGUUGUGCUGUCCAAGAGUUUGAUGAACGACCCCAUUAUGGAAAAAGAAAUUGUAACAAGAGCCAAAGAUUACAUGAAGAAACAUCAUUCAUGGGAAAGUGAAAGAAAAGCCUACGAGAACCUUGUCCUAAGACUCCAGUGAAUUGCAAGACCAUAGUUGAUAUCCACCAGCCUAUAUAAAGGACUGUACUGGAGGAUGUGCAAUGAGAUUUGGGUUUCCGUUGGUUUCUUUCUUUAAGAGAUAGUAAGACAUGCAUUAAUAGUCUGUUCAAACAUACCAAUGUCACAGGAGUUGUCUGCUAUUCAAACUCAAGUUUAUCUAAUUCAGCACACUGUCUCUAAUGUACCAGUUCAUCACACACCAGUAUCAUUUUGUAAGAUCACACAGGAGAAACA